GUGCUUACACCGCGAUUGCAAGCUGCUCUCUCCAUAAUAAAAGAAGGGCGCUAACCAACAGCGUUACAAUUGAUGUAACAUAUUUCUGGCCUUUUCUCCGACAGAACACGAAUGACAGAAGAUUGUGUGAGAAGACCCGGACUAAUAAACGUGCAUUUCAAGAUGUGUAAUGACCACAUCAGAGACAUCCCCUUGAUGCUUCAAAAGCCUUUGUGUACCAGAGAGGAGGAAAGACACCCCAGUCCAAGACAAAUAAGCUUCUACUGUGAACAGAAAAGACCUGGAGGAUACAAUUUGAAGCAGCAUGAAGCAGUCUUUCCCACCUGUGCAACCUUCUACAGAUAGAUGCACCUGAAGAGCCUUAAGAAAUAUUCAGCACUUUGGACACAUGGAGAACACAAUACAAGCAAUAUAAUACAAUUUCAGAGACAAGCCUGACAGAGACUGGACUCCAUCAAAUUCACCUAAAGCCUCAGCUUAUUUACAUUUACUUUUUUCUACACUGUAAUUGUAAACAUAUCACUUUGUCCCCUCUCCCACAUCUAUCCAUCUGUGCCACAGGACCCCAUCAGCGCCCCUCAGAGGGGCAAUGCCAGUCUUGCUUAAUGCCGAUGCCUCCUUCAGCUCCAAGCAGGAGCUCCUGGACCUACAGGAGUACCCUCUCAGUGGGGGUCCCCCUCUGGAUACCCCUAGUCCCGUGGACUCCCAGAUAGGCAGCCCCAUUGGCUCAGGCCAAAGAAGCCCCAGCAGCCCUGGAACUGAUGGCCCUAUUCGACCUCACAUUUUCACAGGGGCCUCCACACUCCCUGGGCAGCUAUAUGGGGUGGAAACAAGACCCCAUGCAGAGACUCCCAUGGGGUUAAAGCUGAUCUCCACUGACUUGGAUCAGUUAUGUGGCUGGGGGGCUCUGACACCCAAAGCGAUUCAAGUUUUCAACACCCCCCGUUGGGUGCUGUUCUUCCUUUGCGUGGCCUCUUUCCUCCAGGGGAUGAUAAUCAAUGGCUUCAUUAACACGGUGGUCACCUCCAUUGAGAGGCGGUUUGAUUUGCGCAGCUACCAGGCCGGCCUCAUCGCCAGCUCCUACGACAUCGCAGCCUGUGUCUGCCUGGCGUUCGUCAGUUACUUUGGCGGUACGGGGCACAAGCCUCGUUGGCUGGGAUGGGGGGUGCUGAUCAUGGCACUGGGUUCCCUGGUGUUUGCCUUGCCUCACUUCACCACACCCCCCUACCAGGUCAGUCUGCCCGAGCGAACAGGAAUGUGCUCUGCCAACCGUACCAGCCCGUGCCAGGACAAGGAGCGUGUGGGACUGUCCAGCUAUCGUUUUGUGUUCAUGCUGGGUCAGUUUCUACAUGGUGUGGGAGCUACGCCGCUCUACACGUUAGGGGUCACAUACCUGGAUGAGAACGUCAAGUCCAACUAUGCACCUGUUUACAUAGGGAUCUUCUACACAGCGGCCAUUGUGGGUCCAGCAGCAGGCUACCUACUGGGAGGAUACUUCCUCAACAUCUACACCGAGAUCCACCUAACGACAGAAAUGACUCCAGAAAACCCUCUGUGGGUCGGGGCUUGGUGGAUUGGCUUUCUUGCUGGAGGAGCAGCAGCUCUACUAGUAGCAUUCCCCAUCCUGGGCUACCCACGACAGCUACCAGGUUCUCAGGAGUUUGUGGCCAUGCGAGUGUCUGAGGCCCACCAGCUUAAGGAUGGAAGCCACACCACAGCCUCAGACCCUCAGUUUGGCAAAUCAGUCAAAGACAUGCCAAGAUCUGUGCUGCUCCUGUUAAAGAAUCCCACUUUCCUGUUCCUGUGCUUGGCUGGAGCUACUGAGGCCACCCUCAUUGCUGGCAUGUCCACCUUUGGUCCAAAGUUCUUGGAAUCGCAGUUCAGUCUCAGUGCAUCAGAGGCUGCUACGUGGUUUGGAUACAUGGUGGUACCAGCAGGAGGUGGUGGCACCUUCCUGGGUGGCUACAUCGUGAAGAGACUGAACCUGCGCUGUCGAGGCAUCAUCCGUUUCUGUAUGAUGUGUGCAAUGGUCAGCCUGCUUGCCAUCUUCAUCUUUCUUAUCCACUGUCCCAACGUGCCAAUGGCUGGUGUCACAGCACCAUACCAGUCUGGUCUGAUGGACAAGCACCAACUGGACCAGUACAAACACCUGUAUGACAAGCCCAGAAAGCUGCGCCUUAGAAACAGUUCGUCUUUAGAGGAGAACCUGACAGUGGGCUGUAAUGCAGGCUGUAGUUGUGUCAGAGAGCUGUACAACCCAGUGUGUGGGGCAGAUGGUGUGAUGUAUUACUCUCCCUGUCACGCUGGCUGCAGCUCCAUCAACCACACCGAACGUUCCACUGGCAAACAGGUGUACUCUGGAUGUAGCUGUGUGGUGGGUAACGUGUCCUGGGGCGAGGAGGGCUUCGCUCUGGCAGGGAAAUGUGGCAGCUCCUGCCACUACAUGCCAGCCUUCCUCUCCUUCCUCUUCAUCAUCAUCUCCUUCACCUUCCUCUGUAGCAUCCCAGCACUCACUGCCACACUCAGGUGUGUGCCAGACAGCCAGAGAUCUUUUGGGCUUGGCAUCCAGUGGAUUGUUGUGCGCACACUUGGUGGAAUUCCAGGACCCAUAGCAUUUGGCUCUGUGAUUGACAUCUCCUGCUUACUGUGGCAAGAUCAGUGUGGUGAGCAGGGCUCCUGCUACCUCUAUCAGAACUCAGCCAUGAGCCAGUACACACUUGUAGCUGGUAUCAUCUAUAAGGUUUUGGGGACAAUCUUCUUCCUGUUAGCCAGCAUCCUUUACCAGCCUCCUCCUGAAUCACCUCAAAGCAGCUGUGAGAGCACUGACCAUGGAGCAGGAGAUAUGAGCGACCUGCCCAUCAAAGACCUACCUGAAGACGGCGUCAUUGUCAACCUGCAUGCCAGGUUAUGACGUCAGACACCCCUUAACUGCUGAGUCUCUAUCUGAUUGUGUGUAUGUGUGUGUGUGGAGGUGUUGGGGGUUGGGGGUGCUUCCUCUACACCAACAGCCUUCUCUCAGCCAUAAUGACACCAACCUCCAACAUACAUUUGUGUGAUUGUAUGCAAACACAUGCAGUCACACAAAUGGAUAAUAACAGAAAAACCACAAAAUUACCAGAAUGCUUUUGUGCACAUCUCCACAGACAUGCAUGCAUACACACACACACACACACACACACACACAUACACUUUUUUAUAGUACAUGAUGAUUUCUAACAUGCUGCUCUCUUGGAACAAAAUUCUGCUGUGACCGCAUGUGUGUGUAUCUGAGUGUUUGUUUGCUACACAAUUUGUACUACCAAGCAUUUCUACAGACAUCUCAAAACUAUGUUAAAUUAGUUCAAAUGACUAUUUCAAUUGUGAGUCUGAUGACAUUUCUGUUUCUGUAUAGUCAUCACGUCAUCAUCCUGCAAAAGCCAAUGAAACAGCUGAGACCUAUGUAGUGUAUAUUAUAUGCCAUGUGUAUGAAGCAUUUAUGUCCAUCUUCUUCUUUUGUUCUUUCCCCAUUACUGGAAGAUAGUUACACUGCUUUAUUUGCUACAGAUAAACAGAUAAAGCCAUGGUCUAAUAUAUUGCACCAGAUCUCCAGGCCAGUAAUAAUGAAGCCAAAUCGUUAUCAUAUCAUGUCAUAUUUUAAGGCCAAGAGUAUCUAAAGGCACUUAUAUUGAUAUAAUGGUAACAAAGACUAUUGGUCACAGUACAACAGCACAAAUAUAUUUUCAAUUAGAAAAGCACAUGUGUAUUUUUGAUAGCUACUUGAACACAUGUAUAAAAGAUUUAUGACCAUUAAUUGACCUGUAGAAAUUAACAGAAUAAGUACACUUCAAUGUGUUUUUGACCUAUAGUAUAUACUGUACGUAUGCAUUGGUUUGAUUGCUCUGUUUGCCAGAUUAGUAGUAAGAGCUUUGAUGCUUCUCUUUUGUAUUAAUUGCAUAGCUGCACUUUAAAAUAAAUAAAUAAAUAAAUAAAUAAACUAAACUAAAGCACUGAGAAGUUUAGAAAUUGUGUUGACAAAAUAAAGGCCUGGUAACACUAGAAUUGAAAAUGGCAAAAUUCUGCAACAAAAUCACUUAUGUCCUGUAGUGCUGCUGAGAUCAGUUCGUUUACUCAUGGGGGUAAAUCUGCAUAUUUUUUCUUAUCAAGUACAACUUUGGCAAACUCUGUCAUGUGACUUUUUACCCUGACUCAUUCAAGCUGUGUCUAAAAUGCUGACCUUUAAUGGAAUGGAGAAAGGACAAAAUGGAGGAAGCUACUGGAGCUUAUUAGCUGAAUUGCACCAUUGACUUUACAGAGAGACAAAGUGAAACCAAAUUUUAAGGCCCUGCCCCAGAAGUAAGAAAAUCUCAUUCAAAGUCCUAUUGACAUUUGUAAUGAUGUAAUAAACUAAAAAUCCUAAAAACUCCUGACACAUAAUUACCACAUUUUUCUCUCCAAGCUUCUUAAAUCUAAUUUCUCUGUACUAUGCCAUUUUAGUCACCCUGGCAUUUUGUUCUCAGGCCUGAACAUUAUUUCAUCCAAUAAAGCAUUACUGUAGAGGGAAUAAAGCGCUGAGUAAGAAAGCUUACCAACUGUCAUUUAACAUGCACAUUACCUUGGUUGCCAACAUAAAUUCAUAUAGUUUAUUUAGGGUUACGGUUAGGGUUAAGAUGUAUUUGUACAAUCAGCUCUUGUCUCCUAACGGUUGAGUGUUUGUUACAGUAAGAUAGCGUGCAUCGAGGACUCUGUUCUGUAAAAGUUAAACAGUUGAACUCUCUGUGAAAAAUUUGGAACUCACCCCUGUGAGCAAAUCCACUGAUAAUGGCAAUUCCAUUGGAAUGAAGUGACUUAAUUGCAGUUUAAAUGCUGGUGUGAUGGUGCCUUUAAAAGUGAAAUUCUGGUAAGUAGCUUAUUGGAGCUGUCAAGGGUGACGCACAGUUGGUAUGACAUGCAGUAUAACAAAUAUUUGGACCUAAUUAUCACAGUACUGUAAGUCCAGAAAAGUGCCAAAGCAGCUUUGCCUAACAACUCUUGUAUUUUAUUUUUUUUUAUCAUUAACCCUAUUUAUGCAAAUGAUUUAUUUAUAAUAUUUCAGCACUUGUAUUUGUUUUAUGCAUUCACUGUGCAAUGAUAAAAGGAAUGCUGCCCUGGCUGUGCUCCUCACACCUUUCGUCCACAAGAACGCCUCCUCUUGUCUUAAUUGUUUAUGUGAUAGUGAAACAACCUGCUGUAUGUUGCUUGUGUUGUUGUCAUGUAAUAACUGACCUGAACACCCUCCAGCUGAUGUUGAGGAGUUUGAACUCCAUUUGAGUGUGUAUAUGCAGUCCUCCUAGUUGUGCUUUUCAGUCAAUCUUCGCAUUGACAAACCACUCUGUAAAUUGAUUUUUAUUCUUUUUUAUUUGUUUUUGGUACUGUAUGGUUAUUUUUAGAAAAAAAAAGAAAAAAAAAGAAGAAGCAGCAAACUUGAAAUCAAUGAUCUUUAUAUGGAAUGAUACAAAGAUGUCAAGUGUUUUCUAAUUACAAGAGUUCAAAAGCAGAUUAUUUAUUGUGACUAAUCUUUUUUUAUCAUGUUGUGCGCAUGAGUGAACACAAAAGGACAAAUAACAUGACAUAACAUGAGGCAGGAAAAACAACAAACAAAAUAAAGGGAAAAAACAAACUAAACAAAACUCAGGAGGCCAAGCAUUGUUCAAGCCCACAAAAUGAACUGAAUGAUCUUUCCUUCCUUCUUCCUCAAAUCAGAUGUAAGAAGCAGUUACAAAAUAAAUAACAUUGUUAUACAAUA